GGAAUUUUAGAACAAAAGAAAAAUUUUCCAAAAUGUCAACAAGACUUGAAAUUUUAGAAGGUAAGAACUAAGUUUGUUUUUAAACACGAAAUAUAAAUAUUUGCGUUUAAAAAAGAGCAAAGGUCACGCAUUAUCAGACAUGAUAUCUGGUUAUUCAAUUACAACAUUGAAACAUGAGAGUUUUAAUUUCUGAGAUCACUGAGCUGUGACCGUCCCUUCCUGUAGGUAAAACAACACGACACUACCCUGCCAAGAAACACUAGAAUGAAGAUAUGAAUUCUCAGGAACUGCCGUUGGCUUUAGAUACAAAACUUUGAUUGAGGUUUGUAACGUUUUUUUGUCAACUAUUAAAACGAGAAAUGGAUAAUGCGUUGAUAUAUAUAUAUAUAUAUAUAUAUAUAUAUAUAUAUAUCUCGUGUCUUUACAAAUGUUCGUGAAUAGUUUAAUAUUUUGAUUGGUGUGGUAAAACACGCACUAAUUUCGUUAGUUUUGUGCCAAGAUAAUUGUUUGAGUGCUGUAAGAAGCGAAUCGCGACCAGUUAAGGUUGAUUUAUAUUCUGAAAUACCCGAAAUUCACAUGUGAAAUAUUAUAUUUAGUCGUGAGAGCUGAAAUUGAUAUCGAUCAAUUUCAGGUCAUUGACCGUUUAUCGUUUUAUGAUAUUGUUGUGUGUUAUAUCAGACAAGUGGCUUCUAUAUUGGUUAUGUUAAUCAUUAAUUACGGAAUUCGAGAACACUUUAAUAUGGGAAUGAUUAGAAAAUGGUCAAUAUCUUGCAAACAUAUCUUGCAUAUUUUCAUGAGAUUAGUCUACAACAUGUCUGUGGUUUACAUGUUGUGUAUUGUUUGUUGCUAUGUUUGGUCAACAAGUUGGAAAUACAGUUAGAUUAUAUCGCCUUACUUGGUAGCCACACUAGGUGUUGGGAAAUAAACUGUUUCAACUGCAGUGUCAAUGUUAACAAGUUCAGUCAUGGUUGAAAUACAGGAUACUGAUAGCAAUGUUUAUUAAGGCCUGGAAAAUAUAAGCAGAUGAUUUCAACUUUUUGAGAGAAAUCUCUGAUGAAGUACAUCCACUUGAACUAGCACAAGAAUCUUGUGAAGGGAAAAUGAAAUAUAUUAUGUUACAAUAUGUUAUGUUAUUUACACCACCAAUAGUUCUGACUAAGGUCACCUAAAUUUUAACUACAGGGAGCCAUUGUAUCAUUAAAUAUCAAUACAAACAUAAUCUCCAUUCAGUUAUAUCAAAGCAGUCUGUGUAGAAACAUGUGAAGCAAGUUAUAUCGCAUAUUACUUGCUCCCUGUGUUGCAACUGGAAAAUAUUUUGAUUCGACUGAAAUCUUGCUGCUAAAUGAACAGAAGUUUCACCCAGCAGUGAUGGGAUGCAUUUAAUGCUUGUAUUAUAUAAGACUAUUUUGUCUUCCUGCAGUAACAAGAAUAGAACUUGGUUUAUACUUAUUGUAGUUCAUUUACAACUGGUAUCUGUGUGUAGUUUAAUCAUUUACUGGCUGAUAGUUUCAGCAAAUAUAAAACUAAUGUUAUUCUGAAAAAAGUAUGCAUUUUAACAACACAUCUGUUUUAAAAACUGUGUAUUUCGAUUCUAUUGUGAUUCAUCUUUGGCAGUAUAUUUACAAGAAAUGGCGAAUCAUUCCCCAUAUCUUGUAAAUAUACUGCUGAAGACGAAUCAAAAUAGAUUCAAAAUACACAGUUCUCAUACACCGCAGGGAGCUGCUGCAGCGUCAGCUGCGCAACAAUCAAAAUACACAGUUUUUAAAAUAGAUGUGUUGUUAAAAUGCAUACUUUUUUGGAAUAACAUUAAAAUCUACUAGAAAUGUUUGGGAAGUGAUCCCUCCCCUUCACUUCCCUACCUGCUGUCCCCCCCCAAAUAUUUCUGCUUUGCUGCCUUUCCCCCAGAAAAUAUAUGUGUUGCUGUAAAUCUGUCUCCCUUUGCUAAUUUUCCUUGGACAUUUGCCCUUGAGACAUUCCCUGUUCAAAAUACGCAAUUCCAGCUUUUAGUUUAUGCCUGCAGGGGUGAUGGGAAGUAAGGUAUCAUAUUGCUGAUUAUGCUAAAAAAUUUCAAUAAAAACUACCGAAACAACCGAAAUAUUUUUAAUAUUUACAAGUAUAAGUUAUCACUCCAUGUUUACGCGGCCACCAUUUUUAUUUUUUCAGCAUAAUCAGCAAUAUGAUACCUUACUUCCCAUCGUCCCCUGCACACAUGAACUAAAAGCUGGAAUCAGAGCCGCCGAGAGGGGGGGGGGGCAAAUUGCCCCGGGCCCCGAGGUGCUGGGGGCCCCUGGAAAUUUAUUUGUUGGGUCCCAGUCUUUUUUGUGUGUUAAAUAUUUCCGCGCAAAGGACAAGAUAUCUGUUUUCUUGAGAUAAGUGCCGAAAUUUGGCAUAAAAAAAUGAGAUAAAGUCACUGGAAAGCAAUAGCAACGUACUGGUCCGGAAAAUUUUUUUACCCCGAAAAUGGCACACUGAGUUGUCUGCAAAAAUUGUUGUCUGCAAAAAUUUGUUGUCUGCAAGAAUUUUUUUCUGGAAAUUUUUUUUGCGAUAGGGGGCCCCCAAAAAAAUAUUUGCCCGGGCCCCCGCCAACCUCUCUCCGGCACUGGCUGGAAUUGCCUAUUAUCCAUCAUAAUUCUGCUCCAAGCUCAAAUGUUAGUAUCCCUGGUUCAUAUCCCUAUAUAUCCCUAGAUUUUGUCCACCAUGUGACAACGUCAUCAGGAAAAGCAGCCUGUGGUUUUUGACUUAAAUGACGGAAGUUUCCCACCAGUUUUUAAUACGUAACCUAUCCUUCAAAAUAGAAAACUAUUUUUAAAACCCAAGAGUAUCUUCCUCAAUGUAGGUAUGUCUAUAUAAAAACAGCAGUUAUUGCUGACACUGCGGUCUAUUUUUGGCACAAUCAUUUCCGAAUCACGCAGAUUCAAAUCCAUUUUUAAACAAUUUGCAUUCUUUAAAUUCCUGCUAAUAAUGGUACCGAUAUUAGCAAUUUCUAUAAACUGUAUUUAAAUUAAGAUGAUUCUAGAAAAUAUAUCAGCAAGGACUUAACAAGCCUUUAGGCUUUACUCAGAAAGACUCUUAGUGAAGGUUUAUUUGUCCACUUUAUGUCAUAAAAUUGUCAGCAAAGACGAAAGUGAAACCGACGACCGUAUAGUCAUAAAUGUUUCACUGUAUUAAUGUUUUACAUGGUGCAACCACUGCAACAUGCAUUUUGUUGCAAAUAAACUGCGAUUGUCACAUCUAUGUUACAACAUCGUGUUAAGAAUCUUUCUGGUAAACCUUGUUCAUUUCUUGCUGCAAAGGGAAUUACUUUGCCAUAUAUUGUCAUCAAUAAAUAAGUAAAACGCAUGAGAUGUUAUUGCCUUGAUACCUUGUCGACUAAUUACUAAUCUAACUGAUUAAUCAACUGAUUGUUGUAUGACACUUCAAUCACAUAUUAACAUACAUAGUUUGAAACAGCAACGUUCUUGCCUUAUGUCCAAAUCAUCUUCAAAGCAAAUCACGUGCGUUUUUUUUUUAACAUAUGCAAAUGUUGUUAAACUGUCAUUAUUAAAACGUUCUGAUAGCUUCCGUUCACUGAUUCAUUCAUUCUUUAUACCUAGGGCUUUCCCUGGCUAUUGUACUGUAAAUAAUCGAGUUCUGACGCAAAACAGAAGUCUUCGAGACAAUUCAUGUAAGUUUGAUAUAUAAUACCUUGUUAGUGUAGAUUUAGUUUAUAUACAGCUUGAGAUUCAAGUAUGAUUGAUUAUAAUAUAUUGAUGUACAUGCUAAAUGUAUCAUACAUUCUCCUGACAAAGAUUAAUAAGUUUUGAAAUAUAUCGUAAUUCCAAGUAGGAUAGUUUAUGAAUUCGUACAACCGUGAGUCUGACGUUCAUGGUAGCGACUGAAAUGGCUCGUCGAGUUAAAUGUCAUUUUGACCGGAUUUUCUUAAGACUAUAUUCUCGACUACAAUAAUUAAUGGGUUCUGUAUAUAUAUCCGAGUACCUUUGUUUCUAGUUUGCGAGCAGAAUGGAAUUGAACGACAUAUAUAUUGAAUCUGGUAUAAAUGUAUAGUGAAAUUUUAUCACAUGAGCGGGGAGUUGAGAUCGUUAUGUGACUCGUUAUAUCGUGAUCAAUUCUUGCUCGAAUUCUUGUAUAAUAAUGGUAUAUAUAUAAGUUGGUCACAGCUGGACAUUAAUCCAUUGCUUGAUAUAUAAGCUGUGUAUUUAAAAACCAGUAAUCUUUGACCUAAUAUUCACAAAAAAAAUACUUAAUCCGUUCAUGGUGAUAUUUUUCGUAGAAUUCCAUUCCAACUUUUUCUAAAUGAUAAAUAUCAUUAUAUAUUCAACACAAAGCGUUCAUUGGCGUAAAUUAUCUAUUUUUUGGUAACAGCUUUUGGUCAGAUUUGUUAUACUGUAUAUUUUAGUUAGGAAGAAAGGCAGGUAUCCAUGUGUUGCUAGGGAGUAACAGUUGCUCUAUAUGCAUACAAUGUGAAGGAAGUGACGGUAUUUUAAUCCUGAGUGGGCAGCUUAAUUCAACCACAGAAUAAGUAAUGCGACAUUGUUUUGCUAGGCUAUCAAUUGGUUAGGGCAGGUUGAUUAUUCUACAUAUUCUUUAGUCUUUAUAUAACCUGGGCUUUUUUAUUUUAUGAUGAAACAUUUCUUUUCUUGGACUUUUUUAUUUUUUGAUAAAACAUUUAUUUUUCUUGAGAUUUUUUUAUUUUAUGAUGAAACAUUUCUUUUCUUGGACUUUUUUUAUUUUAAAAUAAAACAUUUCUUUUCUUGGGCUUUUUUAUUUUUUGAUAAAACAUUUAUUUUUCUUGAGAUUUUUUUAUUUUAUGAUGAAACAUUUCUUUUCUUGGACUUUUUUUUAUUUUAUGAUAAAACAUUUCUUUUCUUGGGCGUUUUUAUUUUUUGAUAAAACAUUUAUUUUUCUUGAGAUUUUUUUAUUUUAUGAUGAAACAUUUCUUUUCUUGGGCUUUUUUAUUUUAUGACGAAACAUAUUUAGAUGUACAUACUAAAGUUCUAAUACAGUAGUAGUAUUCCUGAAAAGCAUUCCUGAGUAAAACUUUGAAAGCUAUGUGCAGGUAACUGAAUCGUCUGGUAACAGACAUUUUAGUAUCCCAGUAAAGUUUUGAAUAAAAUCCUAAUCUGUUCGGAAGGAUGUUGUUUGAAGUAUUAAAUUAUAUAAGUAAUCUUGAUUGAUUUUCCAGUACACAUAACAAACCUACAUCCGGACUAUUUGACUAAUGAUACCUUACCUUGGCAAACCUUCAAAUAUUUCGAGGCUGUGAGCGUCUUUUGUAUCUUUGGGUAUUGUUUAUGAGCUUUAUAAUGCAAUAGGAUAAUGAUGAUUGUAUCUGAAAUUCACUUGAUUAUUCACAUGUUUCUAAAAUGGAUCGUGAGCUUAGAUCUCCAAUAUACGAAACUGGAAAUCUUUAAUUGUAUUGAUUGAUCGAUUGAUUGACGGGUUAAUUGAUUGAUUGAUUAUGUCUAUUACUGUGCUCAACCUAUUGCUCUUCAAUUUAUUGAGCCGUUUUGGAAACCAGAUUAAUAAUAAGAUAUUACAACGUUCGUUAUAAGUCGAUAAAAUAUUUAUCCUUGGAAAGUAGUGGAGGCACCUUUCUUUUCAGCGAAAAAAUCCAUCACGUUAAAAAAGCUUGUUUGAAAUUGAUGUAUUUCAUUGUUACCUGUCACAAAUAAGUAAAUUCCGUUAUUUCCUUGUUCCUAAAUGAACACAAUGAUCUAUUGAAACGAUUACGAAUAUGCCAGAGUGGAUGCAGAUAACAGGUCUACCUAUUACCCCAUUAACCUCUCGCUGGUUCAUUUAAAUACCUGGUGUGAACAUGCAAACAUGUUGGAAAAACUAUCAGGAAAAAUUCAUGAACGUCUGAUAGCAUAAAAACAUUCAUAUCGUCGUUUUCUUCCUACACUGCACUCCAGGGUAAACGUUUUGCCAGUAAAAACUAGAUCUGUAUCGUAACGGAAUAAUCAGUAUUUUAUAUAAUUUUUAAUAUCUAUAACUAACAAACCCAUAUAUCAAAUUUAAGUUUGGAAUAUUGCAAAAUGAAUUAGUCAAUUCAAUUAUCAGUCAGAUAUAAAUAUACUCUAUUAUUCUGUAUUAAUGUACUGUUCUGAAGAGCCUACCUGUCAAUUAACCCAGCUAAUUAAUAUGAAUCAAUUUGAUCGAUUCAAGAAGUUGAUGGUGUGUUGGUCUGUAUAUUAGAAACUACCUCAAAUGCUAGACAGGGAAAUUAUGAAACGAGUAAUAUGAAACAAGGCAGAAAAGCUGUUGAAUCUUUCGUCUCAUUAUUUUGAUUUCUGGUUGCUUCUAGACAAAUGUACAAAAGAAAUUGCUUCAAUAUGCCACCUAAAGAGACCUUGGCAACUCAUACCGGAAAUUCUUGAGAGCCAAACUUUUAUAAUAAAGUGGCAAUUGUCUUAGAAUGUCUUUGUAAAUGAGACUAGAAUCAUGUUAAAACAUAUUUUCUGGUUGAAAUUAUAGCCUCGAUACUCGUGUAAGAUCAAGCUAAGGAUAUAUAUCAUUAACGAGUACUGUAUAGACUGUCGUGGCCUGUAAGGUAUUGUCAACUAUUGUGGUUAUAAAAUAUGUUUAUAUAGACAAACAAAUCAUGUGGACAUAUUUACUGUUAAUCCUCGCGCAAGUAUGUCUUCACAAGUUCCUUCGUGAGUUCUUUUGCUCAUGUCUAGGAAGAACAACAUACACAUUCGCACACGCGAGCAAUUUUCUCGUUAGCUGAAGUCACGUUAAUACUAGGGCUUACUAGGGAUAAAAACAUGACAGGGCUGUAUAUAUAGGUACUGAAUUUUGAGAUAUAAUACUGGAGUUAAUUAGGAUCACCAUGACAUUCUAAUAUCAGACGUUAUUUGUACUGAAAGAUCAAAUAUAUAGUUUGUUAUAUAUACCAUUUACGUUAUCGUGUCUGAUCUGUACUCAAGAAACUGGAGUGCACUUGAUAUAUCAGUUAAUUUAUGAGAUCAGUGAUGUGACGUCAUAAUUUUGAUGAAACAUCUGCCAUGCAAGCUGGUGCAGCCAAAUGAUGUUGGUGCGGAAACUGCGCCUAUUGGCAAAUGAUACUGCGGUAUAAAUCAUGUUAUAAAGAAUUCGCAAAUAUCCUUUAGGCCAAUCCAAUAAAGAGAAUACCUUUAUUCAGGUUAAUCCCCUGCUAAACAACCGCAGUCAAUAUUGACAUUAGGUCGCCCCGUAAACACUUCACAGAGAUAUUUUGAAUUACCUUAUUGUUAGAGCGAGAACCUUUCAUUGCUCCAUUCUCAACUUUGGUAUAUCAAUAAAUUAAGAUUGUAUGAAUGGUUGAACUUAUUGAUUAAAAAUCCAAAGUUUGGUUCCCAGGAUCAAUCAUUCCGCUGUGUUUGUCGGAAUGAUCAUACAUUGUGAACAUGUAACCUCUUGCCAACGGCGCUGCUUUUGAUUCGCUUUGCCAGCUAAUGUAAAAAAUACACGAAAAUUGAAUCCUGGCAUGCAAUUUUAAAAAUUGCAUCCUAGCAUCCAAUUUUGCACAAUGAUGUUAAUAUCGUCAGCUAUAUUAGAAAGUUGUUUUAGAUAUGAGAAACCGCUAGAAUAACUGCUGUGCUUGCUGUGCUGAAUAUUUACGUUUAUUUGGCUAUGCUGAGGAAUUAGCAUGAUGUAAUAAUACAUGCCUCAUGUAUAACCCCCCGUGCUUUAUUAUCACAUAUUUAUUGAACCCUUAGUGUCUUGCUACAUUGUGUAUGUCAAACCACACGUGUCUAUUUGAUUUGUUCUCUCAACUCUCAUUGGCUGCAAGCUGUAGAAACGCUCGGUUAUUAUAAUGUCAUUUAAAUAGAAUAGCAAGCGUGAGAACAACUGGGCAAUGACAUGCAAUUUUUAAGUCAAAGUGUUUGGUAAACCAAGUUUAAGAAUGGCUAAGAUUCUCCCGCCCUUGCUAGAGGGUUUCAAAGGUAAGUAAGUACCGGCAGUGAUAUUGCUUGCUGGAUUUUUGGAAUACUUAAUGAUGGAUGUGUUAUGUGAGUCAUUAUACUGAAGUAGAAAGUACUUCAUAUGAUCCGAAUGUCUGACGUGAAUUUUUCCGUUGGUCCAAGGAAGGGAACUCAGUUAGCAACAUACUCCAUAGCGUUUCAUAUUUAUCGAUGAACGGAUGAAGCGGUUGUGCUUUUUAGCAAUGUCUCCGGAUAAGACUGGAUCAAUUAGUAAUGGUCUUAUGGUUACAGUAAAUAUACUUUGUACUGGAAGAUUUGAAAGUCUUACAACAGGGUUCAAUUUUUACUUCGUCAAAAAUAGCAUUAUUACACAGAGGAGUUAUUACAUGCUUCUGUAUCAAAUAUUUCAUUCCUUAGUGGGUAUUAUAUGCAUAAUGGCUGGGCAAACUAUACGAUUGCUUAAAUAUGGGAUUAAGAUGGCUUAUACAGUUGAAAACAUUAAUUAUCGUGAUCGUUCGUUCAAAUAUUGUCAUGAGGAAUAUCCACUGUCUAUGUUAUUAUGUAAAUGUUUUGUCUUUGUGAUGGAAAUAUGGCUUGAGGUAUAAAACACAAUGAGCGCUUAUCUUUUGAAUUCUUUGCAAUCAUGCUCCGUCUUGUGUCUUAAAUAAUAUUACAUACAGCCAAGAUUUCGGGAGUCGCAAACGUGGGAGAGCCUGGAACUAUAGCAACAUGAAAAAUGAAAGUUUAAUGUUUCACAUCAUUUGUCUCUUUUCGUUGUAUUUAUGAAAUCGCUUGAAACAUUGUAACUAUAUAGUACAAGUUACACUCAAAUGCAUGUAAAACCUGAUUAAACCAUCUUAGUAUGAAUACGUGUUAUAGAAUAUUCUGUUUCUUCCAGGUCGUUAUGUGCUAGGCAAUGACUCAUGAGACACGUCGUGAUUUAGUCAGCAAUCGCAGCAGAAGGGAAACUGGGAACCAGAAAGAUAUUCUUGCUACACACGCCAGACAGGUACAUCUUCCCAGACCCCCAUAUCGUAAUCUCAUCACUGCAUGAAUAGGUGGAUUUCACCAAGUAUACAUGCUUCCGGAAAGUACAUCACUUUGGCUACAGAGCAUCGUUUUCGUCAUCGAGACAUUGAGCUUUAACUAAUGCCACCUACACGAAAACGAGUCUCUGUGACCAAAGUGACGUUCUUUACCAAAGUGACGUUCUGUACCAAAGUGACGUUCUUUACCAAAGUGACGUUCUUUACCAAAGUGACGUUCUUUACCAAAGUGACGUUCUUUACCAAAGUGACGUUCUUUACCAAAGGGUCUAAAGUUUGAAUUUUGGUAUAAAAAUUGCAUUUAUUCACCGAAGUUUCUUUUGGUUAACAGCUCAAAUAUUUGGACACUUGUUCACGAAGUGAAUCUGACCGGGAAAAUAACUACAGCGAUAUAGCAACAUUACCCGGAGUUAAAGUUCCCUUUGUUGUUCGACCAGAACCAGCACCCCGUAAAACAAUGAGGAACAGUAUUAGAAAAUUACCGAGGAAAUCCAGCUCCGCCAAGGACAAGAAGAAAGACGCAGAGAAACGCAAAGAUAGCGAGAAAAGCAAAGAUAGCGAGAAAAGCAAAGAUGGCGAGAAAAGCAAACAAAAUGGAAAGAAACUCAGUUCUUCCCCCCCGGAACCAACAUGUGAUAGUGCUAGCCCAACCGACAAAGGACGUCAAACGGACAAUGCUUGCCAUGGGGGUGCAACCGAUACAUGUGAGAAGGUGGUGGUCACCCAGUUAGACAGACCUAUCAUGGGUUCACUGGAUGCUUCGGAGUUAAUGUUAAUGAGCUCAGACAAAGGUGAUGUUGGAACAAUGGUAAGUUCUGCCCCAUUUUAACAACUCUUGCUCAUUCAUUUAUUAAUCGCCGUGAUUCAGUAUACCUAACCGUAAUUCUGUAUACUUUUUCAAGAUUCACUGUAUUACAGCCAGUAUCCAUUGACUGACAUUAACCCUAUUAUAACAUUAAUCAUUCUCUUAUUGAUUCUUCAUAGCAAGUGUUGCUAAAGAAAAGUUCAGAAGACUCAAAUACGUUAUGUGUUACUAAAGACAGUAAUGGCGAGACGCCACUUCAUAAGACAGCCAAGGGCGGUUACCUGAAAUGCCUGAAAUUUCUUGCUGCCCAAGUACUUGAUCAGGUUUCCUGCCUGGACAACUCAGGCAUGACGCCCGCGGCACAUGCUGCUAAGGUAAGUUAUCAGGUGUUGUAGGCUACGAGAGUAGACCAUUUCAACUAGGCGAAACAUGGGAGUAAAUGCUAUCAAUGUCAACAUGUGUUCACACUGGUAACUGCUUGUUUCCAGUUGUUGACAAAUCUAGUACCUAUUGAUCUUUUCAUUUCUGUAUCUUAGAAUGGUCAUGUGAAUUGUCUCAAGUGGCUGGUGGAGGAGAGCAGCGCGUAUGUAGAACUUGCCGUACGAGAUGGACAGACACAUUUGCUCCAUCGUGCGGCGUCUGAAGGAAUGGAACAAUGUUUGACGUAUUUAUUGGCAUUUAUGGCAAAACGCAAGAUUACUACAGGUAUUACGAAUCUCGACGAGGAACACUUGAAAAAUAAUAACUUGAGCGAAGGCCCUUCGAUUAAAAAGUUUUUAACCGUCAGGAUUUUGUAAUUUAACAUGUAAUAACUUAACAUGUUAUUCUAUAGAUAUUAUUGAUGGUCAAGGACAAUCACCACUUCAUACAGCCGCCAAAAUGGGACACUUAGCUUGUGUUCAGACCCUAGUCGAACAUGGUGCCGAUGUUCUUGGCAAAGAUCACGAAGGUUUAACCUCAGCAAGUAUCGCCUAUAUCCACAAACAAUCGAUAUGUUCACGAUAUUUGUUGAUGGCUGAGUCUUGUUGGAUCUUGGCCUCCCGUGUUGCCACUUUGUUUCGUGAAGUGAAUGGAUGUAAGAAAGAAAAUAGGGAACUUAAGAAGUCCAUAGAGGUAAGGGGGGAUAAUUAGGAGUAUUUAGGGGCGUUACGAGAUCCAAGCAAUGUCUUUCAAUUCACCUUAGUAAGAAAGUUUCUUCACGCCAACGAUGUUUAGUUUUCUCUUAUUGGUCAUGAUUCAUAAACAAGAGUUCAUAGUUAUCAAGGAUUUCACAUCUUCUCUUUUAUAUAUUUUAAUUGAUAAUUUUUUAAUAUUGCAAUUUUUAGAACUUGAAAGCGAGAAAAAAGUCUUUUCCAAAAGAUUUACCGCAUAGACCUGAGACAGUUGGUGCACACGUGGUAGGUGUUGAAAAAUGUGCUAUACGUUAUGAUGGUUAUUGGCCAGCAUUAUUUUGUGAUGCGCCAAACAUGUGUUUCUUAACCUUUUCAUUAUUUUUAUUAUUGUAUCGUAGGACGAAAGUGGAAACCAAAUAGAAGAUAUUUCUCGAAGUGAUCAAAAAGUGUCACUUGGACUUCGCGAACGUAAUUUUCCUGAUGGAGAAAGUCCUAAGAGCACCUUUACUGAAGCUGAGUAAGUUUAUUAAAUUUCCUGAUCAUUUCAAUAUAUUUAGUCUCCCCAGAUGGCUCUGCAGGAAAGGGAAAGUGGAAACAUUCUUCUCACAUGUGACUUUAUUAUAAGUAUAUGAACACAUGAAUACAUCACUCUGCUGCCUUUUAGAUCUAUAAAUGCGUUCCAAUAACCGACAUAUCUAGAUAAAAAAAUAUCUGACAAAAUUUCUUUCCCUUGAAGUAAACGCCGACCACAGGACAUUUCUCCAGCAAAUCACGUGAUCAAUCGAGAUGCAGAAGUGAGCGAUGUUCAACACUUUAAAGUAAUACGUCAAGGAAGCAAUGAUUCUGUUGCGUCGUCCAAUGGCAUCGCUGAAAUAGCUCCUGCUGAGAAAAUCAAGGCGUAAGUUAACCUUCUUCAUUAGUGGAUUGCAGUCAUGGCGGUCAACUUGAGAGAUGUUCAGACUUUGUAGAAGAAAGAAAUGAAUGUCUCACUUUGAUAUCUGUCUGUUCACCGGUGACCACCAUCGCGAUACUGCUUAGUGAAACCUUCAUAAUCCUUUACCAGCAGACAUAAAUACCAGCAUACUUUAUAAACCUUCAUAAACUUAGGAAUUCUUUUAGCAAGGAAUGAACUUACAAGAAUGGCUGUGGCACUACACGAUCUUUUCAUUAUUAUUUUCUUAUUUUUUUCUCAGUAAAGAGAUUGCUAUGGUAACACAUCAACUGAUGUCAACUCGACAUUUACAACUGGUGAAAAAUAAGAAGACCAAAGACAUGAAUCCUCCUGAAGGUAACGGCAUUUUCUUGUUAGUGUUGUAAUAUAUUCGUAAGUGCCACUACACCUAAUUGGUCUUAUACCUAGGUCUGUUCAACCGCACGUAACGUAUCGCAAGUAUUAUACACGCAUGUCAUUUGAGGCCGCCUUUGAUAAUUGAUUGUAAUUUUGUAGUUGUAGAUCCUAAACCAGAACAAAAGACAUCAGUGGAUGACAGUGCUGUAGUCAUGCGCAGAGCCAACACAAGAAGUAAAAACAUGAGACCCAAAUCACUUUGUGAUAAAGAUUUACAGUUCAUGAGGUCUGCCAGUGAUAUUGGUUUCAACCAUAAACCAAACAAAGUCGUCCUAGAACGACGAGCUUCCUGCAUUGAAAUAAACAAUCAAUCAAAACUUGACGUCAACGAUACCUCCAGUCAGCGGCAUGCCAAAGAAAGCUCGGAUUCAGACCUCUCACCAACAGACUCGAACCUUGAAAAAGAAACAUUUUGGGACAAAGUCGGAGCAAGGAAACUUUUAUCGCGAAAAAAGAACACAAAACCGCGACCUUUGUCUGGUGGACUCAGCGACUUGCAGACAGUGUCUACAGAUAAAAUCCUCGAGUUGUAUGCGCGAGAGUCUCGCGGGAGUACCACGCGAAUUGAUAGUCUAAUCAUGGAAGAAGACGAGGCAAGUCCCUCCAUGGGCAGAAGGACAAUGUCGUCACUUGAACUGAAAUCACAUGCGUACACGCGGGAAUCGAGUACCCACUCGAGUUUUCGCGAAACGCGUUCGAAUUUUCAACCAUUGAGCGAUUUCCGAAUGUCCGAAAGACAUACACUCAGUACGUCACGUGAUCAAAACAGCGAAGUCACUGAGAAGAGAAAACAGCGUCCAGUCGCAAAACCUCGACUAAAACUUCGUGCUUCUAGUGAAACAAAUGUCUCGAAGCAGACUGUGGCAAGUUUUAAUACAUCUCAAGUUCACAGAACUCUUAGGGAGGAUAAUUUAGAUAAUUUUAAAGAGGAUGGACAGGGUUUUAUAGGUACAACUACUCUGGAUAGGUAUGGAUAUACAUUGGAUAAUAAACACGAGGACACACAGGAAGAUCUGGAGUGCACAGACGUAAGUAACGGAAGACAUGUUUAAUUGAAAAUAGAGAAUAUAAGCUAAAUGCAGUAAUGCACUCAAAAUAUAUUUAGCAGACAAAAUCAAUUAUCAAUUUCUAACUCUCUUCAUUUCUUCAUUUUCAGGUUUAACGUUUUCUUUCAAGACAGUCUCGUGCUAUGUCAAGAUAUUUAAGAACAACACAACUUGACAAGAAACAUACUUAUCUUAAUAAGUUCUUUGUAGGUUUGCAUGGCGAUAAAACAUAUAAUACUUUUGUUUGUAGAAAUACCACGUAAAUUUAUUACUGCAAAAAAUUUAUUACUGCAGUUUAUUGCAGUAAUAAAUUUACGUGGUGUUUCCAUAAAUAAAAGUAUUAUAUACUUAUCUUAGUCAACAAUAUGAUAUUGCAAUGUGGGUUGUAAAGGGAAUAUGUGGGGAAUUAUUUAUAUACAAUAUGUGCUG